AUGUCCUCCCUUUUCGCUCCUUCUUCGCCUCUGCACGAGCAGUUCCUCUCAAAGCUACGCAACCUUUCACCCACGGACAAGAUGCAGGCCUUGACUUACGACGGUGUCGGGAAGUGGAAAGUCGUUGAGAAGGAGAUUCCGAAGAUCCAGGAGGGGACCGAUGCCAUUGUCAAGCUUGUCCGGACCACGAUAUGUGGAACUGAUUUGCAUAUUCUCAAAGGUAGCUUUCGAUUCCGGUGUCAGAAAGAGACCGAAAUGCUCAUUGCGGAUCAUGGUAGGCGAUGUCCCUACGGUCGAGAAAGGCAGAACACUGGGCCAUGAAGGCAUCGGCGUCAUCACUGAGACGGGCGCGGAAUUGAAGAAUUUCAAAAAGGGUGACCGGGUCGUCAUUCGGUGCAUCACCUGCUGUGGGACUUGCAAUUUCUGCAAGAAAAGGUAGAUCGAUAUCUCUUUCCCCCUCCUAGACCAGCACUUCGUUACGAAACGCGAAUGGCUAAAAUGCCUCGAUCUCCACCAGCAUGGCCGACAGCUGUCGCAAGGCAGGUUGGAUCCUAGGCCACACGCACGACGGAACGCAAGCAGAGUACGUGCGGAUUCGAUAUGCGGAUUCCUCCCUCUUUGCCGUGCCCGAGGGCGUAGACGAGCGGAGUCUCCUGGUUUUCAGCGACAUCCUCCCCACUGGGCUCGAAGUCGGAACCCUGAGGGGAAAAGUCACCCCGGGAUGCACCGUGGCUAUCGUAGGGGCUGGUACGUUCUCCCCCCAACUUCUCCCCUCCCUAAGGUACCUACCCGACGCAUUCGAUUGAGAUUGAAAUCUUUAAAAAGGACCCGUCGGUCUCGCGGCUGGCAUCACAGCGCAACUCUACGCUCCCCGCAAACUGGUCUUCUUCGACAUGGAUGACUAUCGCCUCGAAGUUGCCCGGAAGAUUGGUGCGACACAUACCUAUAACGUUAGGGAUGUCUCCGAUAUCCGCUCCCUCGCCUCCGAACACGUAUGGAACGAAGGUGUCGGUUUAGACGUGGUUUUUGUUUGCAUAAAUCCCCCCCCCCCCCCCCCCCCCUACAUAUCGAACUCUCCCCCCCUUUUUUCCCUUCCUCCCUCUUCGCGCAAUUCUCCCCACUCCACUUCUACUACCGCACCUACUAACACUCCUCCCCCUUCCCCCAUCAACAGGAAGCAGUCGGCCUCCCCACCACCUUCCAAAUGUGCCAAGACCUCGUCGGCCUCGGCGGCCACAUCGCCAACAUGGGCGUGCACGGCCAACCCGUCGACCUGCAGAUCCACCGACUCUGGUCCCGCAGCAUCUCCAUCUCCAUGGCGCUCGUCAGCGCGCAUACGAUCCCCACGCUGUUGGAUCUGGCCGUCGCGGGUAAGGUUGAUGGGGGGUUGAUGGUUACGCAUG